UUGGCGGCUAUUGGCCAGUCCCGGGCCGCUCCCGCCGCAGCGGGAGUUCCUGGAGGCUUGGGCCGCGGUGGGGGCCUGGUGGAGUGAGGGCCAGCAAGAUGGCGGCGGAGACGGUGGAGCUCCACAAACUCAAGCUUGCUGAACUAAAGCAAGAAUGUCUUGCCCGUGGUUUGGAGACCAAGGGAAUAAAACAAGAUCUUAUCAAUAGACUCCAGGCGUAUCUUGAAGAACAUGCUGAAGAGGAAGCAAAUGAAGAGGAUGUACUGGGAGAUGAAACAGAGGAGGAAGAACCAAAGCCCAUUGAACUUCCUGUCAAAGAGGAAGAAACUCCUGAAAAAACUAUUGAUGUGGCAUCGGAAAAAAAAGUGGUAAAAAUUACAUCUGAAAUACCACAGACUGAGAGAAUGCAGAAAAGGGCUGAACGAUUCAAUGUGCCUGUAAGUUUGGAGAGCAAGAAAGCUGCUCGGGCAGCUAGGUUUGGAUUUUCUUCAGUUCCAACAAAAGGUCUGUCAUCUGAUACCAAGCCUAUGGUUAACCUGGAUAAACUAAAGGAAAGAGCACAAAGAUUUGGUUUGAAUGUCUCUUCAAUCUCUAGAAAGUCUGAAGAUGAUGAGAAGCUGAAAAAAAGGAAGGAGCGAUUUGGGAUUGUUACAAGUUCAGCUGGAACUGGAAUCACAGAGGAUACAGAGGCAAAGAAGAGGAAAAGAGCAGAGCGCUUUGGGAUUGCAUAAUGAAAAGUUCUUCAUGCUUUCUGCUACCUAGUGACCUAGUGAUUUCCAUUUCCAAAAUUCUCAUACACACACACACACACACACGAGUGAUUUCCAUUUCCAAAAUUCUCAUAAACACACACACACG